AUGCCUGCCUCACGCCUCAAGCGACAGGACAGACCCAAGCACUCUGAGCUUGAUACACAACGACAUGCAGUGCGCGCCGGCAUAGAACGUGGAGAAAGCAACUUUGAAGAGGCAAACAAAUCAGAGAGGGAGACAUGGGCCAAGGCAAAUAGACACCUGCUGAUUCAAGUGUCCGGUAUCAGCGAAGAAAGUCUGAUUGAUGAAGGCCGGGCUGGACGAUACUCAUGUCCGCCACUUAUGUCGGCAGAUUCGGAGGCCUUUCUAAGCCCCGAAGAGACCACCGCCAUGCCUCGUCCCGCCUUCUACAGACAAGUAUGGAGUAGGCCUAGCCUUGUCAUGCGGCCAAUGUAUCCGUUGACGCCUGACGACAGCCCCGAGGACGAAAUGAAUCCUAAAGCACACAAUGCUUCGAAACAACUCCACCAGACUUUGGAACAAUUUACCACCGGCACUACCAGCUCCAGUUCCGACCUUGCGAGCUCCACCAUAUCCAACUCACAGGGGCAUAUCAAGAGGUGUGCACGGCACCAGAGACGUUCGACCCCGUACUCUCGGCCUAGCCGUGCCCCCCGACCGAGCCGCAUCCAUUCGCCGAAUGAGUGGCUCGGUCGGAUGCAGGAUUGCUUGAGCGAGGUUGACAUGGAGGUUAUCGAUCAGCAAACGGACCUUGUUGGGCUCCGUAAUUACGACCUGAGCCAUGUCAUUGUCAGCCACCGAGAGUACCCCUUCAGGGAGAUCAACUUUAUCAUGCUCGUAUGGAAAGAUGUUACGGGCCCAAUAGACGUCGAUUGGCCUGCUUUGCAGGUUCCCCUUAAGAAUCGCUUGGCAGCAUCGUACCACGGACAGAAUGACCACGGAAGCCGAAGGGCCCUCUACGGUGGGAUCGUAGUGGGCCAAUUGGCUCAAUUUUAUGUCUUUGUGGGAGAGGGACCGGCGCAGUUGAACCUGUCCAUUUUCGAGGACAACAAACUGACGCUCAACCUGGAGCAUGACCAGGAACUUAUCGACGGCCAUCUGUCCUGGGUUAAGAACGAGUUUCCGCCGGAAGUAUACGAGGAGAUCGAGAACGAUCCCAGCAUACAGGCAGCUGCCUGUUGCAUCGAGGACUUUUUUGGCUCCGUGAGCUCGUCUUCAACUGCGUUCGACCUACUGCCCGAGCCCGAGAUCGUGCUGGUGACCGACCAAUCCAGCACGUCAGCACCAUUGCCUCAGCCCGAGUUCGUGCCGGAAGAGCUGUCACCAACUAUCCUCGAAGUGGAAAAUACCUUUGAAGAUUUCCUUAGGGAAGUCACCUGGCAGUCUGCCGAAUCCGAGCAUAGUCAAGACGAGAAUGAGCAAGCCGGCAAUGAUGACGACAGCGAUGGAAUUAAAGAAGACAAAAUAGAUGAUGUAGCCGACAUCAUUGACGAGGACACCCUAAUAAAAAAAGCCCUGAAGUACGUGGGUGAAGGAGCACUCGACACAGUAGUCGGGUCCGUAUGUCUAACAGACGAACUGAACUUUGAGACCGAUGACGAGCAGGGACGUUAUAUCAAGAACGAGCUCUGCUGA